AAGAGUGGAGACACCCGUCUUACAUUUGUUUCGCCACAUCAUGACAGCUUACUGGAAUAGUAAAGGAGAGAAAAAAUUGAAUCAAAUAGUGCACAUAUGCAUACUAGAGUGGCAAAGCAGGUCAAGAUCCGAUUGACACAAGACAGAUCACAGGUUGUGAGUAUUGCCUUCGACAUGAGACUGCAGCAACUCGUUGAGAAACACAAGGAAGUAGGAGACAGAAUUCAAGAAGCUGUGAAUAUUCAUCAGCUGAUGGAAGGACAUUUAAAAUAGCAGAGUUCUAUUGUUUAGUGCUGUUUUUAUUUUCAUGUCACAAGUGUAUGGAUACCCGUGGAAUGAAGCAAUAGUUUAUAUGCAUUUAAAUCCAUCUGUGGCUCACUUCAAGAUGACAAGGUUGACAGAUGGCAAGAUCAACUACAACAGCAACACCAGAAAAUGCAGCAGCAGAAAGUGCAAAGUCCGUAUUAGACCUCACUGAUUUGUCUACAGAAGAACGGUUUGAGAUAGAGUUACAAUGGUGUAUUGAACAAAUUGAGUUAGGACUACAGAAGAAGAAACCUAAUCCCAAACAAGCACAAGAAAGUAUGCGUGUAUUGAAGAUUUUGAAUUCAUCUAAAGCACCUAUGGUUCAGAAGAGACAAGUUAUGCACAUGACAUGCAAAGACUAUAAGUCAAAACUCAAAUUGGACCAACAAUUUCUCAAAAGAUACCUGAACACUGGCGAUGUGAAACCAGUAAAGAAGGAAGACCAGCAUGGAACGUUCUACAAGAAAGCGCAAUCAAGCAGAAGCAAAACAACUCAGUGUGAUGAUAACAAACAGUUCAGGUUUAACUUCUGUGUUGAAAGUUUAGAAAGUGAAAAUCAAACUACUUCAGUAAAUCAAUUUACAACAACAUGAAGUAAAUUUGUCCGCAUUGGCUAGAUCCCAUUUCAGGGUGUUAAGUAUUGUAUAUAGUUUUAUGGAGGUUUCUGUACUUGAAUGGCUGGUUAUGAUCACUCAUGUUGCUACUACAUGCCCAUGCAUGAUUGUGGGCCAAUUGGAGUUUGGGUCCUAUUUGAUUAUGUAUCCAUUAAUUGUGGU